UAGUCGCGAAGUUAAUGAACCAUUCUUGAAAACUGUCUGACCGGACUAUUAAAAGUGCAUUUAAACCAAACCAAAUCAGCCACACACGAGCCAUGGCCGAUGAGGAGCUGCAAGCCUAUCUCCGCUGCAUUGGCCAGCAGCUGGAGGAGCUGGAGAUGCUCAGCUCCAUAUAUUGCGCACCCGGGGAGCUGCAGAUGCUCGAUGCGGGCGUCGUGGCCGAUUUCAACGAGUUCCUCGGGGCAGACACACCGCCAAGCAGCCUUCGCUCGCACCUGGAGUACAUGGUUAAGCUGAGCAUUCCCGCCAAUCAGAGUCUGGAGGUGCGCAUAGAACUGCCCCACUUGUACCCACUGCUGGAGCAGGCCCGCGUCAGUGUGCACAGCCCCUUGCUGGGCAAGGCCAGGGAGCAGCAUCUGAAGGUCGAGAUAGAUCGAUAUCUGUGCGAGAGGCGGGAGGAGGACCCAGAGCCGUACAUCUUUCAACUUCUCAGUUGGCUGCAGGAGCAGAUUGAGGCACUGAUCCAACGUCCGGUCAGCGAGUUCGAACAACCGCAACCGGAACCAGAACCGCCGGAGCCGCUGGAGCCGCCACAGACAGCAGCCCAUCUGGAGCGGCUGUGGAUCUACUCGCACCACAUCAAGUCGAGUGCCAAGCGACAGGAGCUGGUACGCCAGGCCCGCCAUCUGGAACUGACCGGCUUCAGCAGGCCCGGCAAGCCUGGCAUUAUCUGCGUGGAGGGACAGGCGGAACAGGUACAGCAAUUCUGGCGCGCCAUCAAGGCCCUGCGCUGGCAGAAGAUCAGCGUAGUGCGGACAGAGCCGGGGCAGCGCAGGCGGGGCUUCGAUACCUUCAGCGAGCAGCUGUUCAACGAGGAGGAGGGAAUCAUGAACAUGGGACAGUUCAUCAAGUUCCUGGAGGCCCACGGCUUUGGCUACAUGAAGUCUGAAUUGUUUGGCUUAGCCUGAGUGUGGAGGGCUCACAAAAUUCUAAUA